AUGCAGUUGGGUCCCUCGGGGAGUAACUCUGACUGCUUCCCUAGCAGCUUAGAACUAGGCUCAACCUUUUAUUACUCCCCUGGGGUAUGUCCCAGCGGAUUUGAGGUUGCGUGUAGUUCGACAGUUGGCGGCGAGACGAGAGCGACAUGUUGUCCAAGUUGUCAAACAGAGACAGGUUGGCCUUGGUACAGCACUGAUCUCUGCACCAUUGUACUCCCAAGCACAGUCGAGGUGAUAGUUUCUGAAUCAGUAGUUGGAGGAGAUUGGAAAAGGACUACUGUUAGUGGAGCUACAGCAAAUGCCAUUGGUCUCCCUAUCCGAUGGCAUUCCUCCGAUUUUGCAUCGACCACAGCUGGAACCACGACUUCUGCAACCGAUAGCGGAACUGAAACGAUUAAGUAUUCGACUAGUACUUCUUCGAGUGACCCCUCAUCGAGUAAUACGGGAUUGAGCACAGGAGCCAAGGCAGGAAUUGGGGCUGGCGUUGGAGUUGCAGCUCUUAUUGGACUUGCUGCGUUGGGAUGGUUUGUACUUCGAGCGAGGAGAGCUAAGCAGGCAAGUGCCGCCUCAGCUGCACAAGAUCCUAAAGAACCUCAGAUGCAGCAGCAACAGCACCCGUGGGAGCUUGAUAGUCACGAGGCUAUGUCACCGGCGGAGCUACCAUCGGAUAGUAUACCCCAAACCCGUUAG